CCAAACUCUAACAAAUCCGGAACAAUCUUAGUAUAAAUACCAGAGUACCGGAGAGGUUAGUGCUCAUCGUUGCACAGUCAAUUCAAUCAAUCGUGGAAGCUUUACUCAAUUAACCAAGGGCUUGACUGAUCACCGACCGGAAAACACAUAUACCGGUUUCCGAGGACUCUCAUCAAUGGCUACAAAAGUGUAUAUUGUGUACUACUCCAUGUAUGGACAUGUAGAAAAGCUGGCUGAAGAGAUAAAGAAAGGAGCUGCAUCCGUUGAAGGAGUGGAAGCCAAAUUAUGGCAGGUGGCAGAGACAUUGCAUGAAGAGGUGCUGGGUAAAAUGAGUGCACCUCCUAAAAGCGAUGUACCAAUAAUCACAGCAAGCGAACUCUCUGAAGCUGAUGGAUUUGUUUUUGGGUUCCCCACCAGAUUUGGUAUGAUGUCGGCUCAAUUCAAAGCAUUUUUCGACUCCACCGGUGGUCUCUGGAGAACCCAACAACUCGCCGGAAAACCCGCCGGUAUCUUCUACAGCACCGGAUCUCAAGGCGGCGGUCAAGAAACCACCGCGUUAACGGCCAUCACUCAGUUGGUUCACCACGGGAUGAUAUUUGUGCCGAUUGGGUACACAUUUGGAGCUGGAAUGUUUGAAAUGGAGCAAGUCAAAGGUGGGAGUCCUUAUGGUGCAGGGACUUAUGCUGGGGAUGGCUCUAGACAACCAUCUGACCUUGAGCUCCAACAGGCCUUCCACCAGGGCAAACAUAUUGCCACCAUUACUAAGAAACUCAAGGGACUUGUUGCUGCUUGAUCCUUACAUCACAAAAUAUCAAACCAAAAAAAAACAAAACCAUAAUACUAUUUUAAUUUCUUUUCUUUUUAUACCAUCUUCUAUAUCAUUAUAUCAUUAUCUUUAUCUAUUUCCGUUUCUAUUGUCAUUUCUGAUUGUAAAAGGCUUCUUUCUUUUGAAAAAAAUACAACAUAAUAUUUCUAUGGCUUCUUGUAUCUCCCUCACAUAAGGACCCAGCUUCUUCACAUUUACCACUUUAUCAUAUGUUACCAAUUAAAAAAAAGGAUAUGUCACUGACCUAGCACGGCAAAGUACUCUCCGAGGGCAUGGAAUGUCUCAUUUUUUGGUACUUCCGCAAGUAAAGGGAAGAGCUCGGGAUGAUGGCAUGGCACACACCACAGUUUCAGUUUUAUCCUGGGAGUUUUAUUCAGAUAUUUCGAUAUGAUUGAUACAGUAUUUGUUUUGAUACAGUUACUUGACUUUUGAGUUACUCACUCUAUGGUUCUUAGUAUGUAUGACAUUCGAUGAUGUGAUUUUAGUAAUAUUAAAACAAAAAAUUUU